AUGAAGGUCCUCGAGGCACAAAACGCCAUUCUGACCAACUAUGAGGUCUGUCACUUCCUCGCGAAGCGGAGCGAGCGGCAGGGCCGCGAAAAGCACGGCCGUCGCCGCGGUGCCAACAACAAUUUCGAGACGCUCGUGCAGGAGGUCCUCCAAUAUCUCCGGGCGCCUCCGGGUCCGCUGAGUCAGCAACCAACGCAGUACAGCGCCGAGGCGAUCGGCCGCGUGGUGGAGCGGCUGCGUGGCUACGACCUGGCCAAGGGCGAGCUGGUGAUGCUCAUCAACAUGCGGCCGCAGACGCCGGCACAGCUGCACGCGUGCAUCGAGGAGGUUGAGGGGCGGUUGAGCGAGGACCAGCAGUCGGAGGUGCUCGACGUCGUGGCCGAGGUGCUGGGUCAGUUCCCGGUGCAGGACGAGGCCGACGAGGCUGACGAUCCGACUGCUUGA